AUGAUGGCCACUAAAAAACAGACCUUUGUCUACAAGACAGACCCGGUCCCUAUCCAGCUCGACCUCUACCUGCCGUCAACCCCGCCCAGCGACGGCAAGGGACUGCCCCUCCUAGUCUGGUUCCACGGCGGCGGGCUCCUCCAGGGCAACCGUGACGGCGUGGCGCCUCACCACCUCAACGGCGUCACCAAGCACGGCUACGCCCUGGUCAGCGCCGACUACCGCCUCAGCCCCCAGGUCAGCGUCGGGGAUGUGCUGGAAGACGUCAAGGACUGCCUGACUUGGAGCGCCACCGAGCUGCCCAAGCAGCUGGCAGCAGCCGGCAGCAACAAUAGCGCCCUGCUGGACACGACGCGCAUCGCCGUCUCAGGAAGCUCCGCCGGCGGAUACCUGGCACUCCUGGCCGGCCUGUACGCCACGGGGCCGGGCAAGCCCAAGGUCGUGCUGCCGAUAUACCCCAUCACCGACCCGCUGGGCACCUUCUUCACCACCCCGCAGCCCCACCCGGCGGGCCACAUCGAGAAGGCCGCCCUGGAGCCGUACCUCGACCCCAAGGCGGUGGUGCAGACGCGCACGGCCUGGGAGGGCGACCCACGCGCCAAGUUCUACUUCUACAUGCUGCAGGAGGCCAACCUGGCGAAGCUGCUGCACAUCCAGGACGGGGACGACACGUUCAUUGUGGCGCCGCAGAUCCGGAGGCGGGGGAGCUUCCUGCCGACUUUUAUCGUGCACGGGGACGCUGACAAGUUUGUUGGCGUGGAGCAGUCGGACGAGGUCGUGGAUGCGCUGAGGGAUGUCGGCGCGGUCGUGGAGUAUGAGAGGCCCGAGGGGUUGGAUCACGUCUUUGACCUCAACGAGGAUGUUGAACUGGAAGGCUACUAUACGUUCUUGAAGAAGCAUAUAUAG